UCCUGCAGCCUCUUGAGCUAAUCUGCUGGGAAAAUGAACGGAUUUGCUGCAGUUCUCGUUUUGCUGGGAGUCUUCUGGACUCAGGCUUCUGCAUUGGAAAGCUUUGUCCUGCGAGAGCCUGGCAGCUCCUAUGUGGCAGGGACGAUGACGAUCCACAGUGAGAACCAGAUUGUUGAAGUCCAUGUCCGUUCUGGUAUCUACUCCUCUGAUACCAUUUUUGACUACUCAAAAGGGUACAUUGCCACCAGACUGUUCUCUCGGAAGGCCUGCUUCAUCCUGAAAAUCAGCAAGAAGUACAUCCCCGAGCUGCAGCAGAUUGGGCGCCUGGCGUUCGAGAGAAAGACAAUGAACUCAAUCUACUCCCCAGAUAACGUCUGGGUGGAGUUCCAGUCUGGCCAUUCCCUCUUUGGCAACCUCAAGAACUGGUUCCGCUACGGCGACCACAUCAAACAGCUCUGCUCGGGGCUGCCUCUCUACCAGCUGGAAAAGACUCAGAAACCACUGAAUAACCAUGGCUGUGCCAGUGCAGGAAUUCCAAGCAUUUUGGGCAUUAAAAUCUGUGAAAAAAUGAGUUAGUCUGGAUUUGGACAACUCUGCUGCCUGGAGGUGGCUUCUUUCUCUGCAUGCUGUUGACCUUCUUUUGUCAGUCCUAAGCUUUGAGUGCAACAAACCUGUGAUGUACAAAUAAAGAUAGUGCAAGAGUGAAA